UCAUCAACUUGUCUAAAGUUUCCAUCGAAAGAAACAAAUACCAAAAAAAAAAGCUUCCAAAUCUUUAAGCCGUAGACCCAAAUCAAGCGGCUCAACAACUAUAACAACACCACCCUUCCCUUCCACAUGUUUAUCUCAAAUCACUCCCUCAUUCAUUCUAAAUUUCCUCAUCUCGAAUCCUCCACCAUUAGCGACCUUCAGAGUGUACUGGGAACAUAGAAAAACCCCCCUUUUCUUUUUCUAUUUCGUUUUGGUUGCUCAUUGAUUUGAGAAGAAGAUGUGAGUUUCAUCGUCUUCUGUCCAUUUCUUCGAAUGGUACUAAGCCUCUGGAGGUUGGGGAGUUUCUUGGUUUUUUCAAAUGGGUGUCUGCUUAAGUACCAGAAUUAAAGCUGAGAACUCAUGUAAUACAGGAGUGAAUUCUAAUGGUGUGAGUACUGAUGGAAACGAUAUUGGUAGUACGAAUAGCAAGAUCAAUUUGCUCUCAGUGCCACCAACUCCACGAACUGAAGGCGAAAUUUUGCAGUCCUCCAAUUUGAAGAGCUUCAGUUUCACAGAGCUUAAAGCAGCCACCAGGAACUUUCGUCCCGAUAGCGUGGUAGGAGAAGGUGGUUUUGGUUCUGUUUUCAAGGGUUGGAUUGAUGAGCAUUCCUUUGCUGCAGCCAAACCUGGCACUGGAAUGGUUAUUGCAGUCAAAAGGCUUAACCAAGAUGGUUUUCAAGGGCACAGAGAAUGGUUGGCUGAAGUGAAUUUUCUAGGCCAGCUUUCUCACUGUCACCUUGUGAGGUUGGUGGGCUAUUGCUUGGAGGAUGAACACCGUAUGCUCGUUUACGAAUUCAUGCCUCGUGGGAGCUUGGAAAACCAUUUGUUUCGAAGGGGAUCCUAUUUCCAACCUCUUUCUUGGAGCCUACGUUUAAAGGUUGCACUUGGUGCUGCAAAAGGGCUGGCCUUUCUCCACAGUGAUGAAAGGAAGGUGAUCUACCGUGACUUCAAGACGUCGAAUAUCCUACUAGACUCUAAAUACAAUGCCAAACUCUCAGAUUUUGGGCUGGCCAAAGACGGUCCAACGGGUGAUAAAAGCCACGUCUCGACCAGGGUGAUGGGGACUUAUGGAUAUGCAGCCCCGGAAUAUUUGGCUACAGGUCAUCUAACUACUUGGAGUGAUGUGUAUAGUUUCGGAGUUGUCCUACUAGAAAUAUUAUGUGGAAGGAGAGCAAUUGACAAGAAUCGACCAGCUAGAGAACACAAUCUUGUGGAAUGGGCAAAGCCUUACCUUGCUAAUAAACGUAAGAUUUUUCGAAUCAUCGAUAGUCGUCUUGAGGGCCAAUAUUCAUUGGAUGGAGCCUAUAAGGCAUCUAUGCUUGCGCUAAGAUGCAUAUCUAUUAAUCCCAAACUAAGACCAAUCAUGAAUGAUGUUGUAAAAGAACUAGAGCAACUACAGGAUUCCACGUUGCCUACUAGCAACAGGAACUCAACCAAUAAUCGCCGUGCCCGAAGGCAUAGUGCUGAUGAUGCCCGUAAUCCAAACAGUGCUCAAGCUUACCCCCGGCCUCCAGUUUCAGCUCUCUAUACAUAGGACUGUAAUCAGGCAACUAGAUUGGAUGGUUUGCAACAAAACUGAGGAUCUUAGCAGAUGCACUCCAAUGUUGAAUGUACAGAAACUGUACAGUUUUUGUUGUUGAUUCGUACACGAGUAAUGUUUUGUUUCGGAUUCUUUGAUUACUAAUGUAUGAUUUCUCUGUUAAAUUCUACCGAAGCUAGAUCGAUUACAGCAGUCCCAUCUUGACGUUUUCAUCACCGCUGAAGCUGAGAUGGGGAAGGAUGCAUCAUGAUUGUACUUGCUGCUUCAGUUUGUAUUCUGUAAAGAAGUAGCACGGUCGGGAUCAUCUUUUUUUUCUCUCCUUUUUGUGGUAGUUGGGAAGGGAAAAAGAAAUUUAGAUAGGGAAAGCUUGAAUGUAGUAGAUGACUGAUGAGCAAUAAUGGAAUUUACCUGCUAUUAAGUUUGUUCAUGUACUCUGGAGGUAUGGAAAGGCUAAAGUUUUUAUACGUUUGAGCAAAUUUUUUCUUCUUUGCA